UUUAGGGUGGGUGAACUGCAUUCCAGUGAUGAUUUUCUGUACUUGAAAGCUGUGUGACCUUUGAUCAGUUAAUAACCGUGGAUAAUUUAUGAAAUGGGGGUGAUAACCUCACAGAGUUGUUGGGAUGAUUCUGAAACAAGAGAAGCACCGAGUACAGUGCCCCCACAGACUCCUACCAUACUGCUGUUAGUGCCAUCCCCCCUCCGGGAUUGUAGGGUGCCUGAUGGCCGGAGCUGCCCCUCUCUUAACCGGGACUACCCUCUUCCCAUUUCUGAUUGCCCCUUUUUCUACUCUUGUGAUCCCCCACACGUGCCCCACAAGUCUUUCCUCAGAUUACAUAUGCUCAGAAUGUACCCUUAACACUUAGGCUAAAGCCUUUUUUCUCACAUUUCUGCCUGUGCUUCUCAUUAUUCGGUUUCUGAUACUCCAGUUUCUUCCUGUGUUUGUCAUACCAGCCAAAAGAGAAGUGAUACUGUUCCAGCCUUGCCUAAACAUGUUUGCUUCCUUGGCUCACUGCUUCUAAACAGUUCUUAGCUUGGUAUGCCUGUUCGUUUGUUCAGUGCAUGAACCUUGGAUCCUUUAGCACAGAGUCAACUACUUCCCAUACUAAGAACUACAAAGCAGAGAUCAUUAUAUAUAUAUAAAUGGUUCUCUGUGACCCCCACCAAGUAGAUACCAACAAUUUUUUUUAAUCCUAAUGCUUUCUUGUUCUUUUCCAUUUGCUCCUAGGUUUUUAGAACUUCAGCUAUAAAAAUGGGCAGAAUUUUCCUCGAUCAUAUCGGUGGUACCCGUCUGUUUUCUUGUGCAAAUUGCGAUACAAUCCUGACCAACCGCUCAGAGCUCAUCUCCACUCGGUUCACAGGCGCCACUGGCAGAGCAUUUCUUUUUAACAAGGUAGUUAACCUGCAGUACAGUGAAGUUCAAGACCGGGUCAUGCUCACUGGCCGCCACAUGGUUCGAGAUGUGAGCUGCAAGAACUGCAAUAGCAAACUGGGAUGGAUCUAUGAGUUCGCCACUGAAGACAGCCAGCGCUAUAAGGAAGGCCGUGUGAUCCUGGAACGCGCUCUAGUACGAGAGAGUGAGGGCUUCGAGGAGCACGUACCAUCUGAUAACUCUUGAAGACAAAGAGAUAACUCCAUCUUUUCCCAGGUCUCCUUCACUGAAAACAAAAAUCUACUUACAUACACUGUCACCUUAGCAUCAGGGUCGGAUUCAUGAACUGCGGAACAAGAGGUUGUGAGAAUCUAAGAUGGAACCUUUCUUUCUUUCUUUCUUUCUUUUUUUUUAAUUUUCAAUUUUCCAUCCAGCAGCAGUGUGUAGAGAGAAUAUUAUGCAGAUGCCGUUAAUUUUUUUUCCCCUAUGUUUACAUCUUGAGGCAGAAUAAUCUAUCUGCACCUACAUGAUGGGCUAUGUGAGGAAAAAAAAAUCUGGGCUGUUAGAGUGAAAAAGUGUGUUUUAUGUAAAUUUUGAAAGGAAAAUGUGUCAAGAGCAUGGUUUUUAAACUUAUUUGGGCUUCAUUUAAAAAAAUGUUUUUUAAACCCCGUUAUUUCACUUGAUUUGCUAGCUUGAGGGAAGAGACCCGACUUUGUGACCAGCGCUAAAGGUUCAGUGUUAGUGUGGCUUGUGCUGGCCGCUGUGCCAUAUUCUUGUUGGAGAUGAACCGUAGCACCAGAGCCCAUCCUUCCUUGUCAGUCUUGACCCAAAGAUGUCACCAUUCCUAGUUAUUUGUCACCACAUAAUUGGUGUUGAUUGGAAACUUUUCCUGAAAUGGGGCAGAACUGCUUGGUUGUCUUUUCCAUGUAACUUAAGCAUAGUAAUAUAAAUAAAGUAAUAGUUGGAUGUUUUUGGUCCUGUGUUGCUUUUAAAAACACCUUCUAAAAGAAGAGCGGAGUAUUUGAUAAGUAAUUUUCAUGGUAGUGUUUCUUUUCCUCUCUCGAGCUAAAUUGACUGUGUAGAAGAGAUUACUGUGCUUAAAUUAAAGCCUACUGUUUAAACCCAUAGUACUGCAUUUAGAAAAGAGUUGAACAGAAUGUCAGUGUGCGUUCAUGCAGAAAGCAUUUCAUCUGCAUCUGUUUUAAAAGAAGGGAAAAUGAAGGAGCCUAUCUAAAAAUAAUGCUUUGCAAAGCAUUUUCAGCCUAUCCUCAAUUUGGUGUUGAUUUUGAUAAGUCUGUAGAACCUAAUAGUUUCAUCAAAGGACUAGAUCUGUCAUUAGCAUUAUUUUCUCAGAUCUUCCCUCCGAAGUUCAGCUAUUGAAAUUAAAACUGUACUUGGUCCCUUCAGGGAUCAAAUUUGACUCAGGGUGUUAUUUUAGCCCCAAACGUACAACAUUAUGAAGUAUUAAAAUAUAAAUGUUUCUUUAUCCAAACUAUUUCUAGGUAUUCUAGUAUUUGUUUCUGGUGGAAUAAAUGACAUUAAAAUUGGCUAAUUAUUUAAAUGUAUGAAUGGAUGUUUGAGUGCUCAAUCUCUAGGUCUUUGUCUAUAAAGGAUGUUUGCCUCAACUAGCAAAAUCUUUCAUUGAUAUUAGAAGUGACUCUUGAGUACAGUUAAGAUUAAGUUUCUCUUCUUUGCUUCCCGGCUCUUGGUUAGAGGCAUAGGUGUCUGAUUAAGUAGGUGUAUAAUACUGCAUUUGAGAUAAGUGGACACAAAUGAUCUUUCCUUCACCAUGGAAUAAAUCUUCAAGCUUUAAGAGACAGCUUUCAUUCCCAUUCAUUUCCAUACUGGCCUUUGAUUAUAUGCAGAUCCCUGGUAGCAUGCCUUACCUGCAGCACUAUGUGCAUUCGCUGUCACAAUAAAGUAUAUUUUGUCUUGCA